CACCGUGACGUCACGGCACACAAUGGCAGCCACUGGUACAGCUGUGACGGUUCUCACUCCUAAUGGGAGAAGACAGACAGUUAAAGUGUCUGCAAACACACCGUUAUUACAGGUGCUGGAGGAUGUCUGCAAAAAGCAUGGAUUUAACCCCGACGACCACGGACUGAAGUUUCAGAGGAGUGCUGUUGACCUUACGCUGCAAUGGAGGUUUGCCAAUUUGCCCAACAAUGCCAAACUGGAAAUGGUGACAAGUACAAGGAAACAGGCUGUAGCCGACAGCCAGGUGCGGAUUGCGCUGCAGAUGGAGGACGGCUCUCGGCUCCAGGGUUCCUUCUCCUGUGGACAGACUCUGUGGGAACUGCUCACACAUUUUCCCCAGAUCAGUGUGGCGGAGUCGGAAUCCACUCCUGUGUGUGUUUACAUGAGGGACGAGGUGAGUGGCGAAGAAGCACUGAAGAAGACCACCCUGAAGUCUCUGGGUCUGACCGGAGGAAGUGCCAUUGUCAGGUUUUUACUCAAAAAGAACAAAGCACAGGGAGAGGAAGAUGGCGGGAAAGCCACUGAAACAACUGCUAUGCCAACCACACCUGUUGCCAAGGAAACCACGCUUACCCCAUCACCUCAGCCUGCUCCUGCUCGGUCACAUCCGGAGACGUCGACAACAGAGGUGCCAAUUAAAAAUUCAAGCCCACAUAUGCCACCUGACGCCAGCCCUGCUUCAGCUCCCGCCUCUGCCACAAGCAGCACACUUCCUGUUCAACAGGAAGAGGUUCCAAACUCCCAGGAUGCAGUUCGGCCAAAGAUUCCUCCUGUUGAGAGAGGAGUUCCCGAGGGGGAUGGCGAGGAAGCAGGGCCAUCAGGACUGAACUCUCACCCAUCAUCUUCAUCCUCCUCCUCCUCCUCUGCACCCUCGGCUCCUUUCAUUCCCUUCUCUGGAGGCGGUCAGCGCCUUGGAGGUCCCUGUGGAGGUGCAGCUGGACGCUCAGUAUCUUCAUCUUCAUCAUCCUCAUCUCUGUCAGCUCUAACUGCUGCAGUAGAAUCACCCAAAGCCAAAAAAGCAAAAUCCAGCCACGGUUCCAGCACUAAGCGUCAGACCACUGCCAACCAGCCAGAAGAGGACAUGGAUCAAGGCGAGGAGUACUUGGAGCCAGUAGAGAGGGAGGUUCUUAUCUACCACCUGGACACAAUGUCCCGCUGCUCCGAGGACCACAGCGAUCUGCCUGACGAGUUCUUUGAAGUGACGAUGGAUGACGUGCGCAAGCGCUUUGCCCAGCUGAAAAGCGAGAGGAAGUUUCUGGAGGAGGCUCCGCUGAUGACUAAAUCUCUGAGAGAAGCACAGAUGAAGGAGAAGAUGGAAAGAUAUCCCAAAGUGGUCCUGAGGGUCCAGUUUCCAGACAGACACGUUCUACAAGGCUUCUUUAGGCCUUUGGAGACAGUUGGUGCCGUGAAGCAUUUUGUGAGGAAUCACCUGGAGGAUCCAAAGCUUAGUUUCUACCUGUUCACAACCCCCCCAAAAACCAUCCUGGACGACCCUUCGGCCACACUGUUUCAGGCCGACCUGUUUCCUGGCGCUCUGGUGUACUUUGGCUCUGACGUUAAGACAGAUUUUUACAUAAAGAGGGAACUGCGUGAAUCCUCUGUCUCAGCCUCGCAAGCAAAUGAGUCCAUUGCAAGCAGCAUACUCCGGUCCCCGACACCCUCCAGGUCUGAGGGAUCUGAGGAGCCGUUGCCUCCUCCAGAGCUGACAGCAGACACCAGCGGGUCCACACAGGAUGAGGGUGACCCAUCUGCACACACCCAGGCUGCUAAACCAAGCAGAUCUGAUCCAGGCAAGGUGCCCAAGUGGCUCAAGCUUCCAGAUGAUGCUGUCCCGGUCCAGUUCUGCAGUACACAUGGGAGAUGUUUUCGCUUGUCAGGAAUCUAUUUCCUCCGUGGCAGCAAAACAUGUUACACAAGCCACCAGAAACUCCUCGAAGUCAAGCUGGGCUUCAUAAACACUCACAGGGCUCACUUACUGUAACUGACACACUUUAAACAGACUAAGGAAAUUAUGAGCUGAGCAACACUUGAGACUGCAAACAACCCAUAAUGCAACACCCUCAGUAGGAGCCGGCAUUGCACCAGAAUUUAUGGUGUAACUCUAUUGUUGUAAAUAUGUAAUUGUUUAGUCGUCAAAUAUAAUAUGACCCCUCUUUGUCAAACGUAGUUUCCAGGAAGAAACAAUCAUCUCAUAUUCAGGUCAAUACAGUAUUUUACAGGCAUCGCUUCCUUGACGGUUCAUCAUUUAAGUGUUGCUUUAAAGGAAAAUGUCACCCACAAAAUGACUAUUUGUGAAUUAACCAGUCGUGCUGUGUUACCUUGAAUUUGUGAAGAAAACUUUGUUUUUCUCACAUGACCCCACAGAAAAAAGUGAACACAUUUAACAAC